AUGGCUGCUGCAAAUCCAGCACAACAGCUCCUAGCUGAACUGACUUGUUCGGUGUGUCUAGAUUAUUUUAAAUAUCCAGUGUGUCUAGAUUGUGGGCACCAUUUCUGCCAAGCCUGCAUCACUCAGUGCUGGGAGGCAUUGACUACAAACUUCUACUGUCCUGAGUGCAGAAAAACCUUCUCCCAGAGAAACUUCAAACCAAAUAGACAGCUAAGGAAUAUUGUAGAAGCUUCCAGAAAACUUACACUGGAGUCAGCAAAAGAACCAGAAGUUGAGAGAGUGUGUGAAAAACACAAAAGGGCUUUAGAUGUCUUCUGCCAAGAUGAUCAAAUACCCAUGUGUAUGGUUUGCCAUCUGUCCCGAGAUCACAAAGACCACACUGUGGUUCCCAUAGAGGAGGCUGCCGAGGAUUACAAGGACCAAAUUCAGAGCCGUUUGGAGAUUUUGAAGAAAGAGAGAGAAGAGAUUCAGUCAUUUAAAUUGACUGGGGAAAGUAAAAGCCAGGAACUGCUGAAACAACUACAAACUGAGAAGCAGAAGAUUGUGUCAGAAUUUCAGCGACUACGCCAGUUUCUGGAGGAACAAGCACGACUCCUGCUGGUUCAGCUGGAAGAGCUGAAUACGGAAAUUGAAAAAAGGAGGGAGAAGUAUGUUGCCAAACUAUCUGAAGAAAUAUCCUCUUUCAGUCACCUGAUCAGUGAGAUGGAGCAGAAAUGCCAGCAGCCAGCGAGUGAAUUCCUGCAGGAUAUCAAAGGCACCUUGAGCAGAUGUGAGAGGAAGAAGUUUCAGAACCCAGGGGCCUUUUCUUCUGAACUGAAAUGGAGAAGCUGGGAAUCUUCUCAAAGAAAUGCAUCUCUGGAGACCAUAAUGAAGAAAUUCAAAGACUCACUGUCGUCUAGCCAGCGGUUGGACAAAGCGAAUGUGACUCUGGAUCCAGAUACGGCCCAUCCCGAACUCACCGUGUCUGCGGAUCGGAGAACUGUGAGAUGGGGACGCACACGGCAGGCUCUGCCCGACAACCCUGAGAGAUUUGACACUGUGCCCUGUGUGCUGGGCUGUGAGAGAUUCACCUCGGGCAGACAUUACUGGGAGGUGGAGGUGGACGGGAGAGGAGCCUGGUCUGUGGGGGUGGCCAGAGAGUCUGUGAGCAGGAAGGGACAGAUCAACUUUAACCCUGAGCAGGGGAUCUGGGCUUUGCACGGCAGAGGGGAUCGGUACUGGACUCGCACGUCCCCUCAACAGUUCAUCCCCUUGUCUCCGAGCCGGGCACCUCACAGGAUCCGGGUUUGUCUGGACUGUGAAUGGGGACGGGUGAUGUUUUUCGAUGCCGGCAGUGGAGACCCGAUUGUCACUUUCUCACCCUCCUCUUUUGCCAGGGAGAGAAUCCGCCCGAUCUUCUGGCCUGGUGUUACUGUGCGGCUCACACUGUGUCUCUGAGGUGCCCUGUCUGUCCCCGCGAAACAGGCUCCUCGAGCCCCCACCUCCUGAUCUCUGUGACCUGGAGGACUCAGCCAGUCUCCCCCACGCAGACAGGGCUGAAAGGGGGUGACACUCUACCCUUAGCUCUAUGGCUGUAGAGGUCUGUGUGAGGCUCUAGGAUCGGUCUCUGUGCUCCUAGGAGGCCAACUUGGUGUGCAGUGGGGGGAGUCCCACCAAGGAAGGAGGGAGCUCCUGUGGGAGGGAACCAGGUGAGGGCCAGAGAGAGACCCCUCAACUGGGGAGGAAGGGAGCAGUGGGGAGGCCUGGCUGAAGAAGCUCGGGGCAGGGCAGGGGGUGUUUAAAAUCAUGUUAGCUGGUCCUUAUUUGGCCACAACCAGCUAAUAUAUAUUUAAAUACAACUGUUAGCGUGUGUAUGAGGUGUGAAGUCUGGAAUUUUCAAAAGAAACAAAGCGACGUAAGACUCAUUGAUUUUCAGUGGAACUUGUACUGCUAAGUAACUUCAGGUGGGAUUUUCAAAAGCACCUAAGUCAUGUUUAGCAUUGUGUUAGUUUUAAUGUGUUAAUAUAUUUUCUAGAAUAAUGCAUUUUCCCUGUGUAGGCAAACUGCUUCUGUGCUCUUGUUCAUCUUAUUAAA